GAAUCCCCCGCCCAGUUUUAUAAAUGAGGCAUCUGGUCUAAACUGUUUCCUCCUGGAUACAGAGUGAGAGUGACAUAAAUGUUCUGAUUGGUUCUAGUCUAGGUAAUGCAUGUUCAGCAGUAGUAUCUGUAAACGAGAGGAAGGACCAGCACUGGAGUUGUCAGUGCCUUGUUCUCGGCAAAGUUCUCCCACACGCUCACGAACUGAGAGAUGAACCUCUCUGUGGCUAUUGUCGUUCUUACUGCGGUCGUCUGCACUUCGGCAGAAAUUCCUCAUGAGACCGUCUAUGUGCAGGGCUGUCUUGAGAAGACAAAGGUGGAGGCGGAGGCAGAGCUUCAGGUGGAUGGGGAGGAAGUGGUACAUGCUGACUUCCAGAGUGGACAGGAAGUUUGGACAUUGCCCAGAGUUCCUGGGGCCAUUCCCAAGCUCCACUGUUCGUAACUUCUACAAGAAUGCCGUUAAAGGCAGACGAUUGUGUCAGGAUGCCUUGGCUCUUUGGAUAUUAGAAGAAAAGUGUCCACCUGAGGUAAAAGAUGCCCCUGAGAGCACCAUCUACCCCAGGGCUGAGGAGGUGCUGGGGGUGGAGAACACCCUAAUCUGCUUUGCCAAUCAUUUCUACCCCCCGCCUGUCAAAAUCCACUGGACCAAGAGUGGCCUGGAGGUGACUGAGGGAGCGUCUCUCAGUCGGUACUAUCCUAAUAAAGAUGGAACGUUCCACCAGUUCUCCAGCCUGAGUUUCACUCCACAGGAGGGGGAUGUCUAUGCCUGCACUGUGGAGCACACAGCCUUGGAGGACCCCAAAACCAGGUUCUGGGAUGGCUAUUUUGGACACUUUGAGAUGAGGUGUCGGUUCAGCUCCGAGGAGCCCCGUGAUAUUGAGUUUCUGCUGCAGGUCUACGGCAACAAGAAGUUACUGGGACAAUACAACAGCACAACAGAGAAAUGUACGGUCUACACACAAUGGAUGAAGAACUUCACUGAAACGGCCUGCAAAGGCCCUGCUUUUCUGGCCGCGAGGAGAGACGAAAUGAGGAAAUACUGCAGCAGCAACGUUCCUGUGGUGUAUGGGUACUUACUAGAUAAGGCAGUUGAGCCCUACAUCAAGCUGAGGUCAGUGGAGCCGUUCAGUAUCAGACAUCUGGCCAUGCUCGUGUGCAGCGCCUACGACUUCUACCCCAAACCCAUCAGAGUGAUGUGGCUGAGGGACGGACAGGAAGUGACCUCAAAUGUGACUUCCACAGAGGAGCUGGUCAAUGGGGAUUGGACCUACCAGAUCCACUCGCACCUGGAGUACACACCCACACCUGGAGAGAGAAUCGCCUGUAUGGUGGAGCACUUCAGCCUCACUGAGCCCAAACUGUAUGACUGGGACCCCUCCAUGCCGGGUCCUGAGAAGAAUAAGAUGGUGAUCGGGGCCUGUGGGCUGCUGCUGGGGGUGGUCUUUAUAGCAGCUGGACUGAUCUACUACAUGAAGAAAUCUACUGGUGAGGAGACAGGCUAUUCUAUGUCAAACCAACCAAAUACUUUAAGUCCAAAUUUGAAAUGCAACUUUAUCUUUUUCGUUCACUUUCAGAAGGACGAGUGUUGGUGCCGACCAUGGCGCUGCCAGAAAGUUAUGGCACCAUCUAGUGGUUCACACCAGUCUUCCUUCUGA